UCUUUCUUACGUGGUUUGGUUGGAGGGUUCCGAAAUUAGUAGAAACUAGACAGCUGAUAAUUUUUAGGUUAAUAUAAACGUGACUGGGAAUAUUUAUAUGUAGCUGAUACAAGUUAUUUAGGCCAUUUUGUCGAAGUGUGUUUUAGAGAAUGACGUUAUACCAUUUUGGAAACUGCGUCGCUCUCGUAUAUGUUCCUUAUUAUCUGACUUACAAAUAUUCCGGACUAUCCGAAUAUGGUGCCUUUUGGAAAUGUGUUCAAGCAGGGGGCAUAUACGUGUUUACUCAGCUUUGUAAAAUGCUUGUGUUGGCUACCUUUUUCCCAGCUAGCGACGUUGGUGGACAAGACGUGAUAGCGGAAUUCCUUAAGGCAUCUGUUGAGGUUGCAGACCUCUGUGGAAUGUAUGCUGUGCUGGCAGGCAUACCAGGCAAAGGUCAUGCUAAGGUGUUGACAGCUGGUAUUGGUUGGGCAGGUGCUGAUGUACUGCUGACACGUCUCCUGCUGCUUUGGGUAGGAGCUCGUGGUGCUGAAUUUGACUGGACUUAUAUACGUGCCUCUCUGGACUCAAAUAUCAGUCUAGUUCGGCAUCUUACAAGUGCAGUGUUGGUUUGGUUGUGGUCCCGUCAUGACCUAAAACGCUCACUGCUUCCCGCUGUGUCUGCAUUGCUGCUGCUCUGUGCCUACCAACUUCCACUGUGUGAUGGGAUAGCAGCCACUGCAAAUGUGGGGCCCUGGAUGGCACUGCUGGUUCGUGCCGUGUCUACACUAUGCCUCGCAGCUGCAGCUCUUUGGUUUUAUGCAGGACUUGCUGGGGCAAAUACGUAGUGUAGUUACACCUACACUGUUUUCAGUUUGUUUUGAGUACACAACUUGUGUGUGCUGUCAGUGAAGCUGAACUGCUGUGCAGCAGUUUCAUCAUAUGGACUCAGACAAUCGAGCUUGUUUCUCCCUGCAGUUGCAGAAACAAUAGUGAACCAAACUUUCGUGUAGUCAUGUUGCUAGAUGAUAAAAAAAGAUAAUGAAUUGUGUGAUAAUUGUAUUUGAUGUAAAAAUGAGGAACCUUUCUGUGGAAACACUCAACUUCACACCUAUUUCCUGUUUUCCGUUGUAUGCUAAAAUUCUACACAACAUUACAGUCUCAUAUUUUCUGCAUAUUAAGUCUGAUGACAGUGAGUAGUUUAUAAUUGUUCUGGUAUAGCUGAGGAAAGUCAUUACUACUUGGUGUUUUUGUUCCUUGUCACUUCAUCCCCUGUUAUAUGUUGUAGCUGUGAAAAUUAUCACCAUCCAAGAAGAGGAAUGAUCUAAGUGCAGUCUGAUUUUAGAGUGAAAUAAUAUGCUUGUUAAUUUGAGAUAUUCCGUUAUCCAAAAGGUUUUCAUAGACUUUGUUUUGUGGCGCCUUUUAAAUCCAGAUAUUUAAAGAAGUUAUUAUUUCAGUACCUUUGUAACAGAAUAGUGUUUGCUAGAUUUGUACAUGUCAUGAGGUGAAGUGCCAUGAAAUUUAUGCAGCUUUGGUUUUUUUAUUUCACAUUACUCUUAGUUUUGUGCAAAGAUAAUUUAUGCAUCAGGAGAAUAAUACUGCUACUACAAAGUC